CCCCCGCCGCUCCGGGCGCGGCCCCGCGGCCCGCGCGCUCCUGGGCGGGGGAUGUUGUGAUGGAGAAGCCGCCGCGGAGUCCAAGACCCGCAGCCUGAGCCACCUCCGCCACCUGGGCCUGGGGCCUCCCCGCGCAGGAUUUGCCAAGGCCAUGUCUGUUCCAUCAUCACUGAGCCAGUCGGCCAUUAAUGCCAACAGCCACGGAGGCCCUGCGCUGAGCCUACCCCUGCCCCUGCACGCUGCCCACAACCAGCUGCUCAACGCCAAGCUGCAGGCCACGGCUGUGGGACCCAAGGACCUGCGCAGUGCCAUGGGGGAGGGUGGUGGGCCUGAGCCAGGCCCUGCCAAUGCCAAGUGGCUAAAAGAGGGCCAGAACCAGCUCCGGCGGGCUGCCACGGCCCAUCGUGAUCAGAAUCGCAAUGUGACCUUGACCCUGGCGGAGGAGGCCAGCCAGGAGCCUGAGAUGGCACCCUUGGGCCCCAAAGGCCUGAUGCACCUAUACUCUGAGCUGGAGCUCUCCACCCACAAUGCGGCUAACCGAGGGCUCCGAGGACCCGGCUUGAUCAUCAGCACCCAAGAACAGGGGCCAGAUGAGGGAGAGGAGAAGGCAGCAGGGGAGGCCGAGGAGGAUGAUGAGGAAGAGGAUGAGGAGGAGGAAGAGGAGGACUUGUCUUCUCCUCCAGGGCUGCCCGAGCCCCUGGAGAGUGCAGAAGUCCCUCCUGGGCCCCAGGCCCUCACGGAUGGCCCCCGAGAGCACAGCAAGAGUGCCAGCCUCCUGUUUGGCAUGCGGAACAGUGCAGCCAGUGAUGAGGACUCAAGCUGGGCUACCUUAUCCCAGGGCAGCCCCUCCUAUGGCUCCCCGGAGGACGCAGAUUCCUUCUGGAACCCCAACGCCUUCGAGACGGAUUCCGACCUGCCGGCUGGAUGGAUGAGGGUCCAGGACACCUCAGGGACCUACUACUGGCAUAUCCCAACGGGGACCACCCAGUGGGAGCCCCCGGGCCGGGCGUCCCCCUCACAGGAGAGCAGCCCCCGAGAGGAGUCCCAGAUAACCUGGACAGGCUUUGCUCACAGAGAAGGCUUUGAGGAUGGAGAAUUUUGGAAGGAUGAACCCAGUGAAGAGGCCCCAAUGGAUUUGGGACUGAAAGACCCUGAGGAGGGACCCUUACCUUUCCCGGCUCAGAGCCUCAGCCCAGAGCCAUUGCCCCAAGAGGAGGAGAAGUUGCCUCUGAGGAAUACCAACCCAGGGACCAAGUGUUUCGCCGUGCGCUCUUUAGGCUGGGUGGAGAUGACCGAGGAGGAGCUGGCCCCUGGACGCAGCAGCGUGGCAGUCAACAAUUGCAUCCGUCAGCUCUCCUACCACAAAAACAAUCUGCACGACCCCAUGUCUGGGGGUUGGGGGGAGGGAAAAGAUCUGCUGCUACAGCUCGAGGACGAGACACUAAAGCUGGUGGAACCGCAGAGUCAGGCCCUGCUGCACGCCCAGCCCAUCGUCAGCAUUCGUGUGUGGGGCGUCGGGCGGGACAGUGGAAGAGAGAGGGACUUUGCCUACGUAGCUCGCGAUAAGCUGACCCAGAUGCUCAAGUGCCACGUGUUUCGCUGUGAGGCACCCGCCAAGAACAUCGCCACCAGCCUGCAUGAGAUCUGCUCUAAGAUCAUGGCUGAACGGCGCAGUGCCCGCUGCUUGGUAAAUGGACUCUCCCUGGACCACUCUAAACUUGUGGAUGUCCCUUUCCAAGUCGAAUUCCCAGCGCCUAAGAAUGAGUUGGCACAAAAGUUCCAAGUCUAUUACCUGGGGAAUGUGCCUGUUGCUAAACCUGUUGGCCGAGUUGUUCCACUGCUUUCUCCACCUCCCUGCUGAUCCUCCCCACACUCUGAGGUAGGCUUCACCCUGACAGCCCCACCUGCAUCUUGAGCACUUUGACUUUGAUGUCUCAUCCACGCUCAUGAUCUUUGAGAUUUUCAUUGCACUAGCCUAAAUGUCAUAAAUAUCACAGCCCUCUGCAAUCUGACUUGACCUGCCCACUCCUGCUGGCACUGUCACCUUCUGGGGACUCCUGGGUGACUUGGUUAUACCAGUUCAGGUGUGUCAGCCCACGCUGCCUUGAGGGUGACUUGCUCAAGCUUGUGUAAUUCCUUGAGUAGAUAAGCCCUGUGAUAGGAUUGGGGACACAGAUGUGAAUUAAACUUGGUUUCUGUCCUUGAGAUAGCUACAGCAUAGUGUGGAGAAAAGUUUUCCAGCAGUUACUAGAUGUUGUGCUAAGAGUUGUCCCAGAAACAUCCUCUCUCUGCUCCACAGCAGAGAAGGCCUCCCAGGUGGGGCCUGGGUGAACCCCAAAAGAUGAGAAUUGGGAGUUUCUUAGACAGUGAAGGGGCCAGAGCACUCCAGACAGAGGCUAUUCCCUCAGUUACAGUCUGUGUCCCUCGAGUGCAUCUUCAUCUCUUACUUUGUAUUCCCCAUCUGCCUAGCAGGUCAUUUGCCAAGAUUAGAUGUUAAUAAAUGCUAUAUAAAUCAUUUGAAGCUCAGGGAGCAGUAAAAUACAAGGCUUGACAGCUCUGAUGAGGCCAGUUUUUGGAGGACUUGCAUGCUUGGAGAGGAGCUUGGCCUUGAUCCAGCCAGAGGUAAGAUGAGCAAGGCCAAGAUGAGGGAGCACUUUCGAAGAAGGCAUUUGUCCUCUGCCCACAAAGGGUCCACGUAGUCUACUCCUAGGGGGAGCCCAGAGGCACUGGAAGGGGCAAGGGGCAAGGGGGCCCAGGAGCGGACCACAGAGGCAUGCACCUUUUGUGUUGGCGUUGUUCGUUCUAACCUCUAACUCUUCACUGGGAAGGUGAGGACGCCUACCUCACACAGCCAGCUCAUGAGUAGUGCGGGGACUGGAACCCAGGCCUCCAUCAUGCCAUGUGCUCCUGCCUUGGCUCUCUGCUGAGUGCAAGCAAAAGUGGGAUGCAGGAGUGGAAAUCGUUCACAGCAGUUUGAGGUGGAGGAAACCAUUGUGUUACAAGGGAAAGUUGAUUGAUCUAAAAGCCAGGAGCCUUGGGUUCCUUGGCCUUCGAGCACACUGUAGAAAUUAUUGAGUGCAGCCAAGAUUUACACAGCCCUUCUUAUUCUGAAAACUUGGAAUAUAGACAAGGGGCAGGACAAAGGCCUGGCUAAGAACCCAGGCUCUAGAAUCAGAUUACCUGUUUUCAGAUCCCUAUUCCUGGGUGUGACCUAAGGAUUAUUACCUGAUUUCUAUAAACUUCAGUUUCCUUAUUUGUAAAAUGGUGAUAAAAGGAUCUAUUGUGAAAUUGUUGUAAAGCACUGUAAUGACUUAGCACAGUGUGAUACAAGAGUAAACAUUCCUCAAAUGGAUAUCUUAAAUAAAACAAAUGUUGGGUCUUGGGAGAGGAUGGGCCUGUGGGUUCUGAUCUGGGUCAUUGUUGUGGUGUGAAGCAGUGGGCUGUUUGAAUGUGGAUAACCACUGAGAGAGCAAGAUAUGGGGAGGUCAGAGCUUUGGGAGGGUCAGUCAGUUUAGGAGGCUGGAAGAAGAAGCAGAGUCAGUGAAGAAAACCAAGCCUAGGAUUCAAGAUGGAAGAAACCAGAAAAGUGCCAAGUCACUGAAGCCAAGGAUGAGAGCACCAGGGAAGGGACACCUGUGCAGCAUCCCCCAGGGUUGUAGGCCAGUGAAGUGAGGACGGAGCAAAGGCUCUGGGCCUGACUAGGCACAGCUAGAAAGUGUAGAAUAGAGUUGGGGUGUUCUUUCUUCACUCCUAGUGGUGCCAUGUGUAUGUCCCUAUC